UGUGAGCCCUUUAAAAGCAGCCAGACUCAGCCCUUCAGCAGGAUUCAGAAAGACGACUGAACGAGCUGAACAGGAUGUCUGCAUCUGGACUUGUUGCUGCUGUUUUACUGGCUGGUGCUUUGACUUUUUCUGCUGCUCAGACGAGCUGCAAAGACCGCUGCGGUACUGAAUACUACCGGGGUUACAUGUGCCAGUGUGACUACAGCUGUCUGGGUUAUGGAGAGUGCUGCAAAGACUAUGAGUCUCAGUGCACCAUCAAGAACUCGUGUAAAGGUCGUUGUGGAGAACCCUUCAAACGAGGUCGACUCUGCAGCUGCGACUCGGACUGUCUGAAGUACAAACAGUGCUGUCCAGACCACAAGAUGCACUGUGACCAAGAAGAAAUAAGUGGAGCAGACAGUGUAGCAGCACCAGUGAAGACUAGUACAUGUGAAAAAGUUGAUGAUAAUAAAGCCAAAGAUUCCACUUUUUACGAAGCCACGGAGCAGCCGAUCGGGAGCCCUUCCACAUUCAGCGAGGGAAACAAUCCAGAUGAUGAUUUCUUUCCGCUGAUCGACCCGACGUCAUAUCCACAGGACGACGUCAGUGACGGUAAAUACAACCAGAACUUUCCCAAUGACGACUCCUCCAACCCUGACCCCGGGUCCAGUCCAGUUCCAGAGAGCACCAGCGGCUACGAGUCCAGCCCCCCUGACCCGCUGGACCCUGUUUCUACUGAACCCCCCCCACCAGAUGUGGACUCAGGGUUCCAUUCUACUGCAGACACACUGACAGGCCUUCCUCCCACAGAGACCAGUCCCUCCGAUCCUGACCCGACACAGACCCACACCAGCCCCCCCACCCUCCACACCACCAGUGUUCCCACAGAGACCACAGCUCCAGGCACUGAAGACCCUGACAGACUCUCAGAUGCUACUGUCACUGGAACGACCACCCCACAGACCUCCACCGACCCGGACCCCGUCUCCACCCAGUUCACGUCCACCUCAGAACCUCCAACUGAAGUGGGUCCAACAGCCGACACCCCAGACCUCCAGACAACACAGGACACUGAGGCGCUUCCAGACCACACCUUCACUGAGACGCCGACUACAGAUCCAACUGCAACGGCUUCUGACGACCCAGACCCAGAGGCCACGUCCCAUCCAGAAACGGAACCGCGUCCUACCAUGACCCCCUAUCCAACUGUGGCUGAAGAAUCCACAGAACCCACCUCAGACUCCUCCACAGCCCCAGACCACACAGAGGGGUCCACUCAGGGCUCCUCCACUCCAGAGUGGACACCCGUCCCAGAUCAAACCACUUCAGUCCAACAGGAGUCUACAGAUCCAGAGUCUACUUCCACCAGCGACACUUUGUCAGAUCUCGACACCUCGACCACACAAAUCCCCUCGCUCACCGAUGCAGCCCAGGACACAACAGAAGAUCUGAAACCAGGAGAACCCACUGCUGAUCCUCUACAAACCACCCCAGGCCCGACUCGUCCCCAGCUCACCUCCAAACCCACAGACAAACCCCUGCCAGAUAAGCCCACCUCUAAACCUGAGACUAAACCUGCAGAAACUGGGAACUUAGACAAUUCCAGAGACUACCAAGGGGAUGACAGCAACGACACUAACCUGUGCAGCGGGCGGCCGGUCAGUGCAGUCACCACCCUGAGGAACGGCACAGUGGUGGUUUUCAGAGGGCACUUCUUCUGGUUUUUGGACAGAAACCGGGUACCGGGUCCAGCUCGUGGGAUCACAGAGGCGUGGGGGGUCCCGUCUCCUAUCGACACCGUGUUCACCCGCUGCAACUGCCAAGGAAAAACGUACAUAUUCAAGGGACCCCGCUACUGGAGAUUUGAAAAUGACGCUUUGGACCCGGGAUACCCUAAAGUCGUAGAAACCGGGUUUGACGGACUCCGAGGCCACAUCACCGCCGCUCUGUCUGUACCACAACACAAGAGGAGGAGAGAGUCAGUGUAUUUCUUCAAGAGAGGUGGAACAGUCCAGAAGUACUCGUACCAGUUUGGCACCAAUCCAUCAUGUGGAAGACGACUCAACUAUGCCAUUUAUACGGUCCGCAACCGAUUUGUUCGACAAGCAGUGUCUCAUUUGGAGCCGUCCAUCAACAUCCGGACUUCAUGGAAAGGUUUUCCCACAUCCAUCACAGCGGCCGUGUCCAUCCCCAACAGCAGAGAACCAGAGGGAUACAGCUACUACGUCUUCUCAAGAUCCAAAUCUUACCGCGUCCGGGUGGAUGGCGAGCGUCCCGUCAUCGCCACUCCUCAGGCGGACACAUCACCUCAGACCGACAACUUCUUCAGAUGUCCGAAGAAAGUCUGACUCAACCAUAGACACGCUUCUGGAAAAGUUGUUUCUCAUGGUUUUUAAGUUUAUUACAUUCUUCAUAAAACACACUGCCUGAGCACGGGCCGUGAAUACAAAAGGUAUUUUCCAAGUUCAAUAAAAACAA